GCAUAGCAUAAAGCGUAAACUGCUGCCACUGCUGACACAAUACAGAAGUGCGCGGCGUGCAGUGAAUCCGUAGGGGUUGUUGUGUCUGUCUCGCUCUCUUGUACAUUCUCUCUUUCUCGGGCAGAUGAUUUCGCCGAAUUAACGACACGACUGCGUGCAGAAGUGCAUAUGUAUGUGCGCUCGUAUACGUGUGCGUGAAGUAAACGAGAUUCGUGCACUGCACAGCAGUGUUGUGUGCGAAAAGUUGCAGCGCGUGUCGAGCGAGACGCGCCAGCAGAAGAUACAUACACAAGUCUCGAUACAAGACACUGUGUGCCCCGUGUAUAGAGUGCUGCAGGCUGUUUGGCAGUGAAAAAAAAAAACAACGACGACGACGACAACAACACAAACAUGACGAGGAUAACGACCUGGUGACAGCGGGGGCGAGAGCGAGAUGAGGGACGUUCAGGAGACCGGCGACGUGAGCGGCGGCGAGAGGCUUCUACCCGAGCCCAAAGCCUACCUGCGCUGCUUUUACGAGCUCUUCAAGAGCAUCGCCGAAGCCCAGAGGCUGAAAGGUGAAUGGAAGAAGAACAGAAAAAACAAAACAAAAAAGAAAGAUAAGAAAAAGAUUGAUAUCACUGGAGAAGUGACAUGCACCGGUACACCUGAAAUUGAAGUUUCUAGUAACGCAUCAGCUUUUGCGGUUUUUGCAAAUAGCCUCACACUGUACUUCUCCUCCACCUCCAGAAUUUAG